AUGGGCCGCACACAGCCAUCAAUCGGCCAGCCGCCGGCCUCAUUUCGCCGCGCAGCUCGGGCGAAAAAGGCCAAGGCGACGAUUAAUCAAGUGGUACCCGGCCUACUGCCGACACAUCCCCGCGCGCGUCGCGGGCUAGACGCGGCAGAGCUCAUCGUCAAUCCACCACCGAGGACGAGCAACCAGGAGCCCCAUGCUCUUCGUCUCAAACUCCGAUCCGCGGAUACGCUCAAAGCUGCCCGGGCUCUUGUCGACGCAGAUGCCUCUGUUCGCGUGGCGGUCCUCAACAUGGCUUCUCCGCUACACCCUGGCGGUGGGUUCUUGAACGGCGCCAGCAGCCAGGAGGAGUCGCUGUGCAUGCGCACCACACUGUUGCCGUCGCUAAAAGACGAGUACUACCGGCUGCCCGAACUUGGGGCCAUCUAUACACCUGAUGUCAUGGUGUUUCGGGAUGCCGACGGCGGUGAUGUAGUUCUCGAGAAGCGCAACCGCUGGUUCGUAGACUGCAUCACGGCAGCCAUGCUACGGAACCCCGAAGUUGAGCGUGACGACGAAAAGGGCUGGGGACGAUACGUCAAUGUCAAGGACCGGGAACUGGCAGUGUCAAAGAUGCGAAUGGUCAUGCGCAUUUGCCAGGACAAGGGCGUCGAGAAGAUUGUCCUCGGCGCAUGGGGCUGCGGUGCAUAUGGGAAUCCAGUGGGCGAGGUGGCUGCAGCAUGGCGCAAGGUAUGGCGGAUGCCUUUGCUGCGGCGUUUGGAGAUGGAGUUGGAGCGGGAGGGCCUUGGGUGA